AUGGACACUGAAACCCAGCACCCCCAAGACCAUGACUUGGGAAACCCCCAUUGGGCCGAGAUGGGAUUGUUCAACUCCCCACAUCAUCCUCUUGGGGACUUUCAUGGGUUUACAUUUGGCUCUUCGCCCAUUGUGCCCUUAGAACCCACUUAUAGCAUGUCGAUACCGCAGUCCUUUCCCCCCCAGCAACUCGGCCCUUUGACUAUGGCCCCGCAAUGGCCCAGCAUGUUGUCAACUCAACCAAAUUAUGCGCCAGUGCCUCUGGCACCGAUGCCGAUGCCGAUGCCGUCACAUCUACAAAACCUGCAUGCCACGCAUGUUUCAAGCUCACCGACGCCGCGACGCACCUUAACGGAUGCAGACCGCCGCAGGAUGUGCAUGUACCACGAGGAGAAUCCACAUGUAAAGCAAACUGAGAUUGGAGCCAUGUUCGGCGUUGAGAGAAGCACCGUUUCGAAGGUAUUACGCCAGAAAGAAAAGUAUCUUUAUCCUGAUGAUGGUCGUCGGUCACCAAUCAAAAAGACUAAAGGCAAAUUCCCCGACAUCGAACGAGCCCUGUCUAAUUGGGCCCGAAAUCAUGUACGCCAUGGAGGAGAGCUGAGUGAUGCUAUGAUCAGGGAAAGGGCCCUUUUCUUCGCCAACAGUGUGGGAAGUCCUGAAGGCCAUCAAAAGCUCUUGAGCUCCAGCUGGCUGGAAAAGUUCAAGCGAAAGAACUACUUGCCGGGGUCAUUGUCACGAAAAGGCUCAUUGGAUGCGACAAAUACCUCAGAAAGCACCGGUACCGCUAACUCCAUUGUCCACACCCCGAAUGACCAAUCAUCUGUGUCUCCUUCAGGCAUGUUAAGCCCGUCUCCUGUGUCCCCAAAGCAGGUAGCGAAUGAGUUCAGGAAAGAAAGUAUUGAUUGCAUCACCACUCGAAGCAACGAUGACUUCUCACAGACGUUUUCUCCGCUUACGUCGCCCCUGGGUACCAACACAUCAAUGACUGCUUUUACUUCGGAAAAUCCUUUCACACCGAAUCAGACAACACCAGGACACAAUCCUAUAAGGCAGAGGAGUCAAACACUGCCUAUUUUAGCCGCAGACCAGCCUUUUGUUUCCAGCGAAACAACGGAAGCUCCAUUAAUUCAGGGCCUAGAGCCUUCUGCUAUCGACGAUAAUGUCAACGCUGCGGAAGAAAAUCCAGCCAUGAGACGAAACCGCAGUCAGCCCCAAAUCAAAACGGAACUAUCCCAUUUCUCAAAAUCCAAUACCAUCUCUCCCAUUAGCUCCCCUGGUUCUCCAACACAGGACGAAGCCCGUCGAGCUCUGGAGCUAGUAAGGAAUUACUUCCAGAACCAGCCCUCUGGUAUUGGGGCACAGGAGUUUAUGACCAUCGGCAAACUUAUGGAGAAGCUGGAACUUGUCCAGAGUCAGGGUACAAAGCUGGAGCGUAUCGACGAACAUGCUGACUUCCCGCGAAUGACGAAGAAGCGCAGUAUCCAUACGUUAUAAUCUCGACCCAUAUGCUCCUAUGCGAGUCAAAGCCCGAUAGUACUUGGGAUAUCCUGGCCGGAUAGUAUGUAUGCUUUAUUCCGAUACCAACAGGUUGAGAUCGAGUGGAAGCCAAACUCCAGUCAAUCGAGUAUACCGAUGUAUCCAUAUACAGGCUGGUAUGUAUGGCGGGGUCACGGUCUGUCCUCUUUUAUUUGGAGUGCUAGGUCUGCCCUGGUUCCUGGACCUUUUUUUUUUUUUUUUUUUUUAAAUUAUUUUUAUUUUACAAAGUUUCUACGUUAAUCUAUUUUUAUUUUUUCCUUUCUCGAGUGUUUUUUUUCUUUUUUGAUUUUCUUCUCGCUUGAUACUGCAUUUUCUGGCCUAUUUUGUUCAUCGUAUUCUUGUUUAUGGUUUUAUCUGUGGGGUUACUGGCGACCUUUUACAUCGUGUACCGCUCGCGCGGACGGGGUACCUCUUCCUUACUUUCAUCCUUUUUGGGAAUUGGGAAUGGGCUUUUUUUAGCAAGGGGAUUACCAGGGUUGAAAUGAAAUCGGUAAUGUAUACCAAAGCAUUUUCUAUUGGAAACUGGGCGAGGGUAACAAGGUUUGAACUCACAUAUCAUUAUGGGCGCCUCUUAUUUCGCUUGGCUUUUUUUUUUCCAUUUAUGAUUUGGGUCUGAAAGAAUCUGGCUUGAUA